AUGUCCGCCAACACCUCGGGGGUCGUGACAGAUUUCAUCCUCGUGGGUUUCUCUCGCCUCGUGGGCUUCCAGGGUCUCCUCUUCACCCUCUUCCUCACCAUCUACCUGCUCACCGUGGUUGGCAACCUCCUCAUCGUGACCUUAGUCUCCGUCGACGCCAAGCUCCAAUCGCCUAUGUACUUCUUCCUCCGUCUCCUCUCCGCUCUCGAGAUCGGCUACACUUCAGUCACCGUCCCGCUCGUGCUCCAUCAUCUCCGGACUGGCCAGCGCCGGAUUCCGAGGGCUGGCUGCGCCGUCCAGAUGUUCUUCUUCCUCUUUUUCGGUGCCACUGAAUGUUGUUUCUUGGCCGCUAUGGCUUACGAUCGCUACGCCGCCAUCUGCACUCCACUCCGCUACCCGAUUCUGCUGAACCGCCGCGUGUGCCUGCAGCUGGCAGCCGGGGCCUGGACUAGCGGGGCACUGGUGGGACUUGGCCACACCUCUUUCAUCUUCUCCCUGAACUUCUGUGGACCCAAUGCAAUCCCUCACUUCUUCUGCGAGAUUCAACCAGUGCUGCAGCUAGUCUGCGGGGACACGUACCUCAACGAGCUGCAGAUUAUUUUGGCCGCCGCUCUCAUUAUCCUCUGCCCUUUUGGGCUGAUCCUGGUCUCCUACGCAAAGAUCCUAGCUACCAUUAUACGGAUCCCGUCAGCCACAGGCCGCCGCAAAGCCUUCUCCACCUGCUCCUCACAUCUGGUCGUGGUUUCCCUCUUCUAUGGCACAGCCAUCUUCAUCUACAUCCGUCCCAAGGACAGCUACGACCCGGCCACUGAUCCAUUGUUGUCUCUCUUUUACGCAGUGGUAACUCCUAUUCUUAAUCCAGUCAUCUACAGCCUUCGUAAUGCUGAUGUCAAGGCUGCCCUCAAGAGGACCCUCCAGAAGAUGAGUUCCAAAGCGAUCUAG